GUGAAAAGCACAGCUCCAGAUGGAAGGCAGAACCGACACCAAGAAACCCCUGGAGCUAGAGAGCGGGACAAACGCUGAGAUGAUUGAGGCACAGGAAGAAAUAAAACAGAAGAAACGCAGGCACCUGAUCACAGCAAUCAUCAUUUUUGUGGUUCUCGGAGUAUUAAUACUGGUCACAAUAGCUGUAAUACAGAACAAAUCGCUCUCACAGAAACUGAAGUAUGGAAUAGUGAUAGAUGCUGGCUCCUCUCACACAGCGUUGUACAUCUACCAGUGGCCGGCUGAGAAGAUGAAUGAUACUGGCCUAGUCAAGCAGUUGAGUUCCUGCAAAGUGAAAGGUCCAGGUAUUUCCAGUUACUGGAUGGAUGUUCAAAAGGCUGGCCUCUCUCUGAAAGAUUGUCUCGAUGAUGCAAAAGGGAAACUUCCAGAGAAGCAGCACUAUGAGACCCCCUUGUACCUGGGAGCUACAGCCGGCAUGCGGUUACUGAGGUUACAGAACCAGUCUCUGUCUGAGAGACUUCUGAGUUCAGUGGGAGAAUUCAUCAAGACAUAUGCAUUCAAUUUCCAAGGGGCACGGAUUCUAACUGGACAGGAUGAGGGAGCAUUUGGAUGGAUUACCAUCAACUAUCUAAUGGGAAACUUCCUGCAGGACAGUGUGGGAGAAAACCCUCAGACACUGGGGGCGCUGGACCUGGGUGGCGCCUCUACACAGAUCACAUUCAUCCCUGAUGGGAAGAUUGAAUCAGGGGAAAGCUCUCUGCAUUUCCGCCUGUAUGGGAAGAGUUACAACAUGUACACACACAGCUACCUGUGUUAUGGAAAGGAUCAGGCCCUGAAACUGCUAUUGGGACAACUGAAUGUGACUGAUAAUGGAACCAUUUUAAACCCCUGCUUUAACAAUGGUUACUCUAAGACUAUCAAUGUCACGGCCCUCUUUAACAGUCCAUGCACAGCUGAACACCAGAGUACAAGUCAUCAAACACUGACACUCAGUGGGACAGGGAACUCUGUCCAGUGCAGAAGCUAUGUCAAAAAUAUCUUCAAUUUCACGUCUUGUGACUGGAGCAGCUGCUCAUUUAAUGGGGUUUACCAGCCCCAGGUCCAGGGGGAAUUUGGAGCAUUCUCUGCGUUUUAUUUUGUGAUGAAUUUUUUAAAUUUGACGGAUGGAGGCCCUCAUGAUUUGGACAAGGUGAAGAAGGCAGUUGAUGAGUUCUGUUCAAGGCCUUGGGUUGAGGUGAAUAACUUGUUCUCGAUUGAUGAACAGUAUCUAAGCGAAUACUGCUUCUCCGGACACUAUAUCCUCAGCCUCCUGCAGAACAGCUACAACUUUACUUCUGCUAAUUGGAAAACAAUCAAGUUUAUGAGAAAGAUUAAAGGAAGUGCUGCUGGCUGGACCCUUGGUUACAUGUUGAACCUUACAAACAUGAUUCCCGCAGAACUGCCUUACACCAGACCCCUCGCCCAUACCUCGUACCUAACAAUCAUGAUCAUCUUCUCCCUCUUUGUCUUCAUUCUGCUGCUCGUUGGCUGUCUCAUUUUUAGAAAGAAACUGUGCAGAGAACAAAAUAAGAUAUAAUGAUUUUUACUAACAGAAGUUCAUUCCAAAUAUAUGGCCAUAAAUUUUUCAAAAUCAUCCAGGGCAAAGCAGCCUACUUGAUUGGCACCCCAUUCACUCCCUCCACCAUCGACACACAGUAGCAGUAGCAUGUACCAUCUACAAGAUGCACUGCAGCAACUCACCAAGGCUCCUUCAA